AUGCCUUGUAAUACGGGGCGGCUCCGGCAGCAGGGCGGGACGGACAUGGCCAUGGACUGGUACCUGGCCGUCCGGCUGCUCUUCACCGCCCUGGCCCUCGCCCUCGCCUCCAAGUCUGCGGGGACUGGGGACACUGAGUCUCCUGUGUGUGGAGACCAUCAAGGAGAGGCUGAAACAGCCGUUGUCUUGCCAGAUACACAGCAAGAGGAAGUGGCAGCUUCAUGGACUGAGAUGCCUGUGGCAGAGGCUGGAGCAUGCCACUCUGCCCCAGAAGCAGCCAAUGGAGGAGAUGCAGGAGCUUCUGCCUUUGCUCAUGAAUCUGGGCACCCAGUGAGCGAAGCACGUAUGGCUGGCAGCAGAGAGACUGAGGAGAUUCUAACAGGAGUCUUGCAUGGGCUACCUGUGGCAGGGAGAUUCCUGCUGCUCCCUAGGCCAGAGCCUCUGCAGGAGCCGGAGAGGAGCAGCAUGGCCCACACCAGGCGCAAGGUCCACAUACAAUGGAGAGCCAGCCUGCCUUGGCUGAUGGGCAGCUCUGUGGAAAGGGAGCUCCAGCAGCAGGAGGGCCGGAGGCCUAGUUUGGCCUUGUGGCUCCGACGGAUGCCCAGUCACAGGCAGGUGGUGCCAGGGACCUUGGGCGAGAAAGCUGAUGAGGAGGAGCUGGACAGAAAAGAAGAGGAGAAAUAG